AUGGACCUGGGUCUCAAGCUUGACAAGCAUUUCCUGCCAUCGAGGCACGAGAUUAUCGCAUUGGGCUCGGGUUUUGGAAAGGCCGUCGUUUCGAGCCUCGACUUUGGAGAGAAGGUCAUCAUUUCGAGCCUCAAUUUUGGCGAGGAGCUCAUCAUACUUGGCCUGGACUUUCGCUUCCAGCCGAGCAAGCUUCGCAUCAUAGUCCUCGUGUUGGAGAUUGAUCGACUUCAGCAUCAUGUUGAGGUACUUAUUUGGGGCGCUCUCGGCGAUGAGUUUCUUGAGAUCCAGAGCGACUUCAAUACCGGGUGGACCACCAAUUCGAAGCACGCUCUGGUAACCAUACUCCGUAACAGCUUCGUACAAGCUAAUCCGGGCAUUGGCCGCCUCUCGGAUGGGGUCAUAUGGUUUUUCGUAUUGUCCCGCCAUGGUGAAGUCUGGAGAUGGUCAGUAAACGCAGCGAACAUAAGUUGA